AUGGAAAGUAACGAACCUGAAAACUCGAAGGCGCCCUUCAAAAGUUACCUGCCACUCAAUUUUCCACACUCGCAACCGUCUCAAUCUCAUCAGCUUCCAAACCUCCCUCAGCUACAAGCUACCCGGCAGUCCACCCCUCCUCGUCAAUACACAACAGUCGGUUCUGUUUACAAUCCCCAGCCUCAGCCUCUCCAGCCGCCAGUUCGCCGUGGCCGGACAGUCAAGUCGCUCUUCCCUUACAAGAGCGACUCACCAGCGGGACCGUCUCAACUCCAGUACACCCCGUUACAGCAAAAUUCCGACCGCGCCAUUAGCCCAAUUCGCCUCGAGUCUCCAUUAUUCAUGAACAUCAGCCGCCAGGAGAGACAAGAUGUACAAGGUAUUGGCUUAGUAGCUUCCAACGUUCAACAAAUCUCAAACAUGUCGGGCGCACUGCAAGCACCUACUUCAGACGGUACUGACGCAUCUCAAUACAUGAACAAUCGGACAGCUGGCAGCAUGGAUUCGUUUAUGGAACACAGUGUCACAAACAACUUUAGCAUGUUUGCUAAGCACAGCACCGACUCUGACCAUGAAAGCGACGCAACCGACACCAAACCGAUAUCUGCCAUGAAUUUCAACAGCUUGACAAACUUAGCUUCUUACCCCAACCCAAUGCAACGAGCUGCACAAAAGGUCCUCGCCUCUCACCGCCCAAAUCCUGUCCCUGAUUCCCAUCUAUUGGACAUCCAACCGAACGCUUAUGAUUUCGAGCCAGAGCUAGUACUAUCGCCGCUGGACGCUUCCAUAUAUGCCCCUGCCUAUUGUAGAGUUCGCGGUCCACCUGCACCGCUGACUGCUGGUCCCCCUGGUGUUCGGCAAUUCAAAUCGACAACCUUGGAACAAGAAACCCUUCAAAGAGCUCGGGAGUUUGACGACGAGAAUCCGAUGAUGAACCCUUAUCAUAUGCACCCGUCUUUUGAUCAGCAUGUCGCUGAGGCGUCCAUCGAAGGCGAAAGUGUCUCUUCUAAUCCUAUCAUGGAAACUGCCCGGGACAGCUUGGACGGGGCUGAGGAAGACAGUAAGGAUACUUAUUACAAACGUAAACCAGAAGUGAUUGUUGAUACUCUCACAUCGAAUGACGUGGCAGUGUUCUACCCGAAAUGUCUACCCAGGAACUUCAAUCCCCAAACACAGCCCAUUUCCCCCCAUUGGGCCAUUGACCGCCUGGAGAAACUUGGAUACUUACCCAACCAAGCGGAGAGAAACCUAGACGAACAUAACCGACUUAUCAACAAUCAUUUCUACAGCGGUGUCCAUGCUUUCAGUAAGAGAUUCGUCGAGGCCAAAUAUGAGCACACAAAUCGCAUUGUAACUCACACUGUUGGCCGUCCUUGUCAAGAACGGCGACUUGGAGAAGGCAGAGUUGAAAACCCUCACCUUGGAAUCCUCGAAGCAUCUAUUAUGCCUACAUGUGAACAUGCUAAGCCUUUGCUGUCAAUGGCACUCCAGGGGGUCAUUAACCUUCCGGAUCUGGCGCAGUAUUCCAAACUUCCAAAAUUCGAUCAUAGUCUUUGGCCUCCUUACUUGCAAAAAUAA